AUGCAAUGCUAUUGAGCCACCAUAUGGAAUAAUCUGUAGUCCCGAUCGGGGCAACGGAGUGACCCGAUAAGUGACUGCCUUAUCAGGCGAUGCUCAGUUUCUGUCUCACUUGAGCUCCUCUGCAUGACGACAAUUUUCCGCUUUCAUCUUGCGCCUUCCUUGACCGGAUACUGCAGUGUUAAUGACUAUCCAUUCCCCGCCGAUCAUCUGAGCCACUACUCCGCGCCCACCACUUCGCAGCUUCCCAAAAUCGACCUCGACGACGGGCUUCACCAUGCCGGACCACCAUCACCACCUCCCGGCGCAGAAGCCGGGCUUCGAGCGAGGGAUGCGCCCAUGAAUCGCGCCUGGUACAAUCCCCGGGGCUGGUCCAGACGCACGCGAUUGCUAGUAGGAGGAGGCGUCCUCAUAAUCGUGAUCAUCGCCGUGGUCGUCGGCGCCGUGGAAGGCACCAAGAAACCCAGCUAUCCCGACUACUCACGCCUGAACUACGAGCUGAUUGACACCUACGCGGGGGCCUCGUUCUUCGACCGCUUCGACUACUACUCGGGCGCGGAUCCCACGAACGGUUUCGUACAGUACGUGAACCGGUCGACGGCGCAGGCGCUCAACUUGACCUACACGACGGCCGAUGCGUCGGCGGUGGUGCUGCGCGUCGACAUGGCCGACCGCAACGCUAGCCACGGCCGCCGCUCCGUGCGCCUCGAGUCGACCACCAGCUACGACGCCGGCCUCUUCCUCUUCGACAUCCGCCAUUCGCCCUACGGCUGCGGCCUGUGGCCUGCCCUCUGGCUGACGGACACCUUCAACUGGCCCGUCAACGGUGAGAUCGACGUGGUCGAGACCAACAACCGCGCCACAGAGGGCAACGCCGUCACCCUGCACACCUCCGCCGGCUGCUCCAUGAAGGGCGUGCAGCGCCGGCAGACCGGCUCCCCCAACUACCUGACCUGCGACAACUCCACCCACAGUAACGCCGGUUGCGGCGUCCAGGGCCCGCCUAGCACGUAUGGGCAGGAGUUGAAUGAGAAUGGCGGUGGGCUCUACGCCCUCGAACUCCGCGACGCUGGCAUCCGCACAUGGUUCUUCCCCCGCGACUCCAUUCCCACCGACAUCGCCAACUCGGCCACAAACACCACCAACAGUAUGCCCGACCCUUCCUCCUGGGGCACCCCCCUCGCCGACUUCCCCAGCACCCACUGCGACAUCGCCUCCCACUUCCGGAACCAGAGCAUCAUCGCCAAUAUCGACCUGUGCGGCGAGCUGGGCGCCCAGAAGCAGUUCUACACCGACCUGUAUGGCUGUCCCGGCACGUGCGCAGAUUUCGUGCGCAGCAAUCCGGAGAAUUUCACACAGGCGUAUUGGGAGUUUGCGAGCUUUCGGGUGUAUCAAGCUGUUGAUUAGUUUUUAUCUAUAGAGGAUGUUAGAUGAGGUUACCACAUUUGAUUAUAGGGAAUUUUGUUCGGGCAUUAGCGGGGGGUUUUGUCAGUGAUUGUUGAUUUUUUGGCUGUUUCCGAGAACAUGGUUAUUUCCAAGCGCUGGGCGCUUGUUUUGCUGUGCUACUGAUGUCUACCGUUCUUGUUUUGCGGUGGGAAG